GUUUCGGGCGUCAUGGGAAUCACUCAGUACUUCAAAGGGAUAUGGUGAGGAAGAGAAGAUUUUCACCCAGCAGAGCGCACCUGGGGCUCAGCCAAGGCAAGGGCGGCGAGUCCCAGGCGCUGCACCCCAAGAGGCGGGCAGUGGUUGCAGGGUUGCAAGCAGGGAGCCCCCCAGGCUGGCAGGGAGCCCCCCAGGCUGGCAGCUCUGCGGGAGGAGCUCGGCCCUAGGGCCCAGAAGGGGGCGUCCGCGAGCCUCACUGCAGCAUCCGGGCGGCCCUGGCCAGGCUGGGCUCGCGUCCUGCUGCAGUCCCUCGGCCGCUAGCCGGAGCAAGCGCCAGGGCGGAGACCCCCGCCGGGCCCCCAGCACUUGCUGCACCGAGGGCUCCCACUCGCGAUCGCAGCCCGGCAGCUCCGACGCGCCAGCCCCAGCCUGGGGGGCUGUUUAGCGUGGGAGGGCGUCGCGGUCUCCGGGGACCCUGUCGGAACUUGCAGGGGACGGCGGCUCCUGUGGCCUGGAGAGUGUGAACAGCCACUUACAGAUUCCCGAAUCUCUUUCAUUUAAGGAUUGUGGGCCCUUCCAGCAUUGACAGUGAUAUGGUGAACUCAAACGCUGGGACCUGAAAGAUUUGCUCAGCUCUUCCGUUUACCAACAGAAAGUUGUCCAGCAUCACCCGUCAUGGCUAAAAGUGCAGAGGUCAAACUGGCACUGUUUGGGAGAGCAGGAGUGGGCAAGUCAGCUCUUGUAGUGAGAUUUCUGACCAAACGCUUCAUCUGGGAAUAUGACCCCACCCUCGAAUCAACCUACCGACACCAAGCAACCAUUGAUGAUGAAGUGGUUUCCAUGGAGAUCCUAGAUACUGCUGGUCAGGAAGAUACGAUUCAGAGAGAAGGACACAUGAGAUGGGGAGAAGGCUUUGUGCUGGUCUAUGACAUUACUGACCGAGGGAGUUUUGAAGAAGUGGUGCCACUGAAGAACAUCCUAGAUGAGGUCAAAAAGCCCAAGAAUGUGACUUUCAUCCUGGUUGGUAACAAGGCUGACUUGGACCACUCCAGACAGGUCAGUACAGAGGAAGGGGAGAAGCUGGCCACAGAAUUGGCAUGUGCUUUCUAUGAGUGUUCUGCCUGCACUGGUGAAGGGAAUAUCACAGAGAUAUUCUACGAGUUGUGUCGAGAGGUGCGUCGCAGGAGGAUGGUACAGGGUAAGACCAGGCGACGCAGUUCCACCACGCACGUCAAGCAAGCCAUUAACAAGAUGCUCACCAAAAUUAGUAGUUAGACUACUGUGUGUUUGCCCUGUCCUACUGAGGGGAGGUCAGGUCAGUGGAAAUCCACUCUUUUUCCUUUCCAAGUCC